GCGGUGGCGGCGGGACGUGGCGCGUGGGGACCGCUCCGGACCGAGGCCGGCGCAUUCGGGGUCUUCAGGCUGCAAUGACGACCCCGACGGUACCCCAGCAUUUGCAGCUGCCUGCUACUCAAAGAGCCCAGUCUGCGUUCCGAGAGCAAAGAAGACAGAAACUUGCAGAACAUUUGUUAAGACGAAAAACAAUGUUUUCAUACAAACAGGAAAAUAAAAUAUCCAGUUCUGGAGGUCAGAGAGUGAUGAUACCUGAGGACCACAUUCAAGAAGAGACAAAAGUUCUGAAACUUAAGGCAAAAAUGGAUGACAAAGAAAAUAUCAAAAGAAUUAUGGAGGAUAAACAUAACCCAGUGGAAAACCAUUUUGUUACUUUAAAACCUAAAGAAUUAACAAAUUCAACUACAACAAUUGAAACACAUAAUUUUGAGGAUAAUCAAAAGUUGUUACCAAUUAAAGAUAAUCCUCUAAGUCAAACUAUGACAUUAAGUCAGGCAUUUCAUUUUAAAAACAGUAAUAAGCACAAACAAGUAACUGUAGACAAACCAAAACAAGAUGCUAACAUGCCUAAGAAACCAGUGCUUGGAUGUUAUCGUGGCCAAAUUGUCCAGUCUAAGAUUAAUUCAUUUAGAAAACCUCUUCAAGUCAAAGAUGAGACUUCUGCAACAACAAAGAAACUUUCAUCUACUUUCUCUAAAGCCACAAAGCCUGAACUUGUGAACACCAGCAGUGUGACAGUGAGAAGUGAUAAAGUCUCCAAUAAGACUACUACCACUCAAUCUCUGAGCACUAAAUCUGUCAGCUCUACAUCUCAGCAUACACAACUUGUGCGGCCUUCUAUUAGAAGUCUCCAAAGUAGCACCCAUGACAUUGUGAAGCAAGGCACCAGCAGAACCUCUGCCAGUGUUACAAUCCGAAAAGGGCCUCCUAAAAAAGAAUCACUACAAUCAAAACCAGUUCUAUCUUCUGUAAAAACAGGUUCUCCUCAGGAUAUAAAAAGAUGUAAGGCACUAUCAAGAAACACAGCCUCUGAAAAUGUAGCCAGACCUGCUCCAUCUUUCAAUACCAAGCUAAUAGAAAAGUCAAAAACCAUUGACCACCGCAGACAUACUAUAAUAGCAAAGGCAACUGUUGAUAAAUCUGCUCCGCCCAAAGAAACUGCAGAAGAGAGAAAAGCUCGUCUGAGUGAGUGGAGAGCCAACAAAGGAAGAGUGCUGAAAAGGCCUCCUAACUCAAUUACCCAGCUUGAGCCUGAAGGACAAAAGGAAAAACCAGUUGCGUCUUUUUGGACUACAAUGGCAGAAGAAGAUGAACAGAGAUUAUUUACUGAAAAAGUGAACAAAACAUUUUCUGAAUGCCUGAGCCUGAUUAAUAAGGGAUACCCCAAAGAAGAAAUAAUGAGCACACUGAAUGACCUAAUUAAAAAUAUUCCAGAUGCCAAAACACUUGUUAAAUAUUGGAUAUGUCUUAUACGCAUUGAACCAGUCACAAGUCCUAUUGAAAAUAUUAUCUCAAUCUAUGAGAAGGCCAUUCUGGCAGGGGCUCAGCCUAUUGAAGAGAUGCGACAUGAAAUUGUAGAUAUCUUAACAAUGAAGAGUCAAGAAAAAGCUAAUUUGGGAGAAAAUACCAAGGAGACUGGUGUACCCAGUGAACAAAUCCAAGAAAUCUACAUUGAAGAUAAAGUUGUUGAUCUAGAGCCAGAAAAUUCGGAAGGGAAGAAUAAUAGAGAUGUGCUAUGUAAAGAUUAUGAGAAAGAGCAAGACCACAAAACAAAAGAUACAACUGAUGAUGUUGCAGCCCCUGAAACAGAAACAGGAGCAAGUUGCUUAAUUAAAUAUAAUAUAUCUACAACACCAUACUUGCAAAGUAUAAAAAAGAAGAUGCAACUUGAUGAAACAAAUUCUGCAUUUAAAGAUCUAAAGUUUCUAACACCAGUGAGACGUUCCAGACGCCUUCAAGAAAAGACUUCUAAAUUGCCAGAUAUGUUAAAAGACCACUAUCCUUGUGUGUCUUCACUAGAACAGUUGUCAGAGUUAGGGGGUGAAACUGAUGCUUUUGUAUGUCGUCCCAAUACAGCACUGUUUCCUAUGUUCUCUGAGACUGAUGGUACCACAGAUGAGCUAAAGCUUCCAUGAAGAAUGAGAGGUUUUGGUUUUCCUGGAAUAGCUUUUGUAAUUUGUGGUUCCCUUUGGUCUGGAGUUAAUCAACUGCCUUUAUUCUAAGUAUUCAUAGCAAUGAUUUCCUUUAUUAAUAUUCAUAUUAACAAAGGAAUAAAGGAGUUGCCCUUCUGAUGUUGCAAAGCUAUCCUAUGUUGUCAGUCUCAUGAGUGAGGUUUUCUUUAAUAUAGGUCCAUUUGUCAGCUUGUUUGCUGUGUUCCUUAAGUAAAAUGUUAGCUUCUUUACUUUAUUAAAUAUAAGUAAUGGUACAUCAUCAGAAAGUGAGAUAUUUGAGAUAAAAUGUGUAUUAUUGUCAUGUUUUAAAAGCUUGGUACACCUGUCUAAAUACAAUACCAACUGCUUUUUUUUUUUUGGCCUAUCUUUAAUAUGGAAGUGAAAAUUGAGACAGAUUGGAGCCCAGUUGGUGGAGUAUGUGCCUAGCUAGCAUGUCUUGGGCUCUGAGCUCAGUCCCUAACACUAAAAAAAAAACCCAAAAAAAACCCCAAAGUAAAACAUUGUAAUAUGUAGAACCAAUCCUUUCAAACAUUAAGACAAAAGGUUUAGCUUAUUUUCCCACCAGACUCACAUUACCUAGACUGUUGUGCUCUGUUGCGUCCCUUGAACUGCCCGAGGUUCUGCACUGUCACUUUGUAUCAGUGGGAGUGAGUGUGCAUCUUUGGCAGUGUGUGUACAUCUGUGGCAGUGAGCAUCUUGUGGCAUGCAUCUGUGACAGUGUGCCUCUUGUGGCAGUUAGUGUGCAACUGUGAGCAGACAUCUGUGGCAGCGAGUGUGCAUCUAGCAGUGAAUACUCAUCUGUGACGCCAUAUAUCUGGCAGUGAAUGUGCCUCUGUUGCAGUGAGUGUGUAUCUGAGGCAGUGAAUGUGCAUCUAUGAUGAGAGUGCACCUGUGGCGGUGAGUAAGCAUCUGUAGCCUCUUGACCUCCAUCUUUUCAUCACAACUGAGGCCUCAAAGAAAAGUUAGCUACACAUUUCUAAGAGAGUGUACCUUGUGUAAGAAAGUUUCAAAGUCUAGUCAUUCCUUUUGAAUCUUGACUACAUUGAAUGUCAAAAUUUUAACUUCUAUUUGGCUUCAUUUAAAGCUAAAUGGAACUAUAUUGAAAUUGAGUUGUUUAAAAAAAGUUGUUUUCUUCAUCAUAAUAU